CUGACUGAAUACCGGAGUGUUUACAUCACCGUGGAGAUCGUCGGUGUUUUGUGGUCUCCAUGGAGACUGUAAUAAAGUGUCCUCGGGGAGUCACUUCAGUCUCAUGAGAGAAACUGUAAUAGCCAACUUGUGCAUUUGAUAUUUAAUUGAGUUAAUUAAUCGUAAUGUCUGUGAACACCGGACACGGGCUGCCUUUCCUGCCAGGCAACACAUUUCGGGAUUUAACGAAAUCCUCUUUUCACAGAGCUCAGACUCUGGGUUAUAAGAACGGUUAUGGUGUGGCCCGGAGACCCUCGGCCGGGAUCGGUCAGAAUCCGCUGCUGUCGGCGAACAUCAGUCACAGUGAGCGGAAUCAGCUGGUCACAGAUAUCCCGAACCUGACGUACGGUACCGACACACAGCGACACCCGCCGCUCAACUUCACACCUGCACAUGCUGCCUAUGACAAGAAGGUGCUGCGUUUCUAUGGUUACUUCCGUCAGGAAGUGUUGCACUCCCCCGUUGAGAGCUUCCGCAUUCGGCCGGUGGUGUUGUAUUAUUACCUGGAGGACGACAGCAUGUGCGGGAUUGAGCCUCCUGUGGAAAACUCUGGAAUUCCACAAGGGAAACUCAUCAAACGUCAGAGACUGACCAAAAACCAGCACGGAGAACUUUACCACUGGAAAGAUCUCAACCUCUGCAUGGACAUGAAUGUGUUUGGAACAGUGUACAGGAUCACACGAUGCGAUACCUUUACACAGGAGUUCAUGGAGAGUCAAGGGAUUGUCCUGAACGAGCCAGAGUCCAUUCCCAGUGACCCGUACACCACCCAGCGCUCUCACAACCAACUCGCCCAGAUCACACCCUACGAACAUAAUCACCAGCUCGAGCGUUUUCUCACUACAGAUCGACAGGUGCUGCGGUUCUUCGCUCUGUGGGAUGAUUCGGACUCUCUUUACGGAGAGAAACGACCGGUCACGAUUCAUUAUUAUCUGGUGGAUGACUCGGUGGAGAUCUGCGAGCAUCAGCUGCCCAACAGCGGCCGCGAUCCGUUUCCCGUGCUGCUCCACAGACAGAAGAUCCCUAAACACAUCAAACCAACCUGCGAGCCGUUCCCCAGUUGUGUGCUUGAAGUUACCCAGCACGACGUGCAGGAAUACUUCUCUCCCGGAGACCUGAGGUUGGGCGAGGAGGUCACGCUGACGGGAAGACGCUUUCUUCUCUGCGACUGUGAUGAUUUCACCAGGAAAUAUUACCGAGAAAAUUACCCAGAGAUCCAACUUAAACCGGUCCCUACAGACACGACACCACUGCAGGACACAAGGAGGUUGCAGGUCAUUCCUCCGUAUAACGGCUUUGGUUCGCUGGAGGACUCUUUGCAGAACUGUCUGUCCCUGAUUCCUGAACCUCCUAAGAAAGAUGUGAUCAAACUGCUGGAGAACGACCACAAAGUUCUGCGUUACGCCGCACGACUGGACUCCCAGAAUCCUCUGGACGAGGGGCGGCGCUUUAUUCUGCUGUAUUACCUGUCCAAUGACAUGCUCAGCAUCUUUGAAAGACCCACACGAAACUCCGGCGUCAUCGGAGGAAAGUUCCUUGAGAAGACUCGGGUUCCGAAACCAGGAAGCACCACAGAGAAGCCAGAAUACUACAGACCGGCAGAUUUCGUCAUCGGAGCUGCUGUAGAAGUGUUCAGACAUCGGUUUGUCCUGACGGACGCUGACCGGUACGUGUUGAGUUAUCUGGAGUCGGUGUCCGACCGCAUGCCUGAAAACGUGCUCUCCUCGCUGAGACAGAAGUUUGCGGUCAGUCUGAACGCAAUCUGAACAAGCUUCAGACGACAGAAACUCAUACAGGUUUGGAACGACAUGAGGUCGAGUCUGAUGGAGUUUUCACCCACCCUUAAGAACUUUGUUUUGCCAGGAAACAUUUCAAUUGUUCGUUUUUUUUCAAAAAUACCAAAACAGUUAAGCAGUACUUCAGCCGAUCAUCUUGCACCCAAAAUGUAACUUUUUUUUGCAUUACAGUAAUGUAACUUUUGAUCAUAUCUGUUGCUUUACAUUCAUUUUCAGUAAAACAGUUUUUCAACAAGAUGACGUUUAGGGAAAUUAGGGUCAAUUCUCUUGGAAAAAUAAAACAAAUAAAUGCUCAAUGGUCUUAAAUAAAUUCCCUUUUCUUGAUCCCAAAUAUAUUUCUCU